AUGGCAGCCUGGGAGACAGUGCUGUUUUCUCUGUUACUGUUCCUAUUUUCUGGACUCUAUUUGAUGGGAGCGUUCCGCAGGCGGAGAGCUAAGGAGCCUCCCUUGGACAAAGGCUUCAUUCCAUGGCUGGGUUAUGCGCUAGAUUUCAAGCAAGACGGUCUUGGAGUUCUGCAAAGAAUGCGAAAGAAGCAUGGAGAUAUCUUCACACUUCUGAUCGGAGGCCACUUCAUCACUUUUGUGCUGGAGCCUCAUUCUUAUGGAGCCAUAGUGAAAGAAUCCAAAAGUAAGCUGGACUUUGACAUGUUUGGAUCAGAGUUCGUCUCGGCUUUGUUUCGGUUUCAUCCUGCUGGAGAGGACCAUAAGCUCAUUCAGGCAUCAAGUGUAAAAUAUCUCAUGGGAGAUGGAUUAGCCGUUAUGAAUCAGGCCAUGGUUGAGAACUUACAAACUGUGAUGUUCCAUAAAAUGGGCUCCAAAGAUGGGAACAGUUCCUGGCAAGAAGAUGGAGUCUACCACUACAGCUGCAACACCAUUUUCAAAUCUUCUUUCCUUAGUUUUUUUGGGCAUGAGUCAAAUGACCACGCAGAAAAGAAAGCAAAACUGACAGAUCACGAAAUUAGCCAGUUUGAAAUGCUCUUUGAAAAAUUUCAGAAGUUUGAUCACUUGGUCCCCAGCCUGGUCUAUAACACACUGGCUCCUGGGAAAAGAAAGGAAGCACAGCAGCUAUACCAUCUCUUCUGGGAUAUCCUAUCAGUGAAUAAGAUACAUAAGAGAUACAACGUUAGUAACUGGGUAAGUGAACAAGAACGGACGUUGGCCGAAAAAGGGAUGCCAGAAAACAUCAGAACAAGAUUCCUCUUUCUUCUUCUCUGGACGGUUCAGACGAAUACUGGCCCGGCCUCUUUUUGGGUUCUUGUGCAUCUGCUAAAAUGUCCUGAAGCCAUGGAAGCAGCGAGGAAAGAAGUAAAUGGACUGCUAAAAGAGAACGGCCCGCAAGUGAAAUUAGGUGACCCGUUGAUGGAUCUCACUAGGAAGAUGUUAACAAAGAGCCCAGUUCUGGAGAGCGUGAUUGAAGAGACCCUGCGCUUGAAAGUGCAGUCGAUUCUGAUGAGAGCUGUGGUAAAGGAUAUGGACCUCAAGAUGGACAAUGGGAGGAAAUAUGCUCUCCGCAAGGGAGACAGAAUUGCGCUUUCCCCGUAUGUGGCCAUGCAUAUAGAUCCAGAAGUCUACCCUGAGCCUCUGACUUUCCAAUAUGACCGAUUUCUGAACUUUGAUGGAUCUGUAAAGAGCUUCUACAAGAAUGGAAAAAAACUAAAAUACCAUAACAUGCCCUUUGGAAUGGGGCCAUCCAAAUGCCCUGGACGUUUCCUUGCCGUGACUGAAAUAAAAACGUUCGUUUUCCUUAUGCUGGCCUACUUUGACAUUGAAUUGGUUAAUGGAGAAGAAGAAAUACCUCCAGCUGAUAAGAGCCAGUUUGGCUUUGGAACAAUUCUGCCAGUCCGUGACAUCCAAUUUAGAUACCGCCUACGCUGUCAGUUAGGCACAAAAUAGAAGCUUUUUUGUUGUUAUAGAAUGUCUAUG